CCAGGACGUUGAAGGCACCAUGUCGUUUCCCCUCCCCAAACCUCAGACCCCUCAGCUUCCUCAACAUCUUCUCCGAACCAUCGAGUGUCAACAAGGAGCCGUCAGAGCAGUGCGCUUCAACGUGGAUGGCCAGUACGUGAUCUCCUGCGGCGGCGACAAGUCUAUGAAACUGUGGAGCGGCAGCCGAGGGACACUGCUCAAGACCUACAGCGGCCACGGAUACGAGGUGCUGGACGCCGACGGGUCAUUUGACAACAGCAACAUUUGCUCGUGCAGUUCCGACAAGACGGUGAUCCUGUGGGACGUGGCCACGGGUCAGGUGGCUCGCAAACUUCGAGGACACGCCGCGAGAGUCAACUGUGUGCAGUUCAACGAAGAGGCCACGGUCAUCCUGUCGGGCUCCUUGGAUGGGACGGUGCGCUGCUGGGACACCAGGUCCCGCAAGAAUGAGCCUAUCCAAAUUCUGGAUGAGGCCCGAGACAGCGUCAGUAGUCUGAAGGUGUCCAAAUACGAGCUGCUUACCGGGUCUGUGGAUGGCCGAGUAAGACGUUACGACCUGAGGAUGGGGGAGCUCCACGUGGACUUCCUCAACAGUCCCAUCACCUGCGUAUGCUUCAGUCAGGAUGGCCAGUGCACGCUCAGCUCCAGCCUGGACUCCACGGUUAGACUACUGGAUAAGAGUACGGGAGAAAUGCUGGGAGAGUACACGGGACACAAGAUGAAGGGAUACAAGCUGGAAUGCUGUCUGUCCUGCAAAGACACUCACGUCCUAAGCUGCUCCGAGGACGGACACGUCUACUUCUGGGACCUGGUAGAGGGUUGUUUGUCACUGAAGCUUCCUGUGGGCAAAGCGGUGGUCCAGUCUUUGUCCUUCCAUCCUACGCAGCCGCGACUCCUUACAGCCAGCGAGGGCCGCGUGCAAUUUUGGGCGGCCGAGCCAGAAGAUCCCGACGGGGGGGGGGACGCCGACGCCAUUCCAACGUGAUUGACAUCUUCAACGCAACUGGAUAUUUGCACUGAUCGUCGUAAAAUAGAAUU